UAGCUUAAAGUUCGUCACGGUCCUCUUAGCGUCGGCAAAUAGCGUGAACUGCUGGCCGUUAGUAGACAUGACACCGCCCCGUCAGCUUUAAAUGCAACUUUAAAUAAACGUAGGAAGGAUGGAGAGAGACCGCAGAUUUAACUUCAAACUGUUGGUACCUUCCAGGGGGAACAGUGGACAGGUAUCUGCAGUUCGACCUCAGGACAUCGUUGAGAACUGUGGGGAUGCCAUGAAUACAUUGCAGCAGGGUAACAGUAAAGGUUCGGGAAAAGAGCAGAGCAUGCCUUUCUCAAAUAAAAGUGUGGUUGCACCAACCAGACCAGAACUCCCCAGGAUGAAAGUUGUGCUACCAAUGGAAAAGGGCGAGGAUAAUUCCACACCCGGGCAGCUGUAUAGCAAGCUGUUUGAUGAGGUUGAUAAAAUUAAGUUUUGGAAGGUUAAAGUUGACUCUGACAAUGUGCAAAAUGAAAGGAAACUUCAAGAAAACAAAAGAACAAUUGAAACUCAACGCAAAGCCAUUCAAGAACUGCAGUUUGGAAAUGAAAGUCUCAGCGUGAAGCUGGAGGAACAAAUCAGUGAAAAUGAGGAUUUAAGGAACAAAAACAACGCCACAAGGAAUCUGUGUAAUAUCCUCAAAGAUACUUUCCAGCGGUCAGCUGAGAAGAUGCAUUCAUUUGAAUCCGAAAGAGAAGAAACACAUAACCUCUUUAUAGAAAAUAGUGGUAGAAUUCAGAAAUUGAUUGCAGCAUUUGAAAGCCUUCGUAUUCAAGCAGAAGCUGAUCAACAAGAGACACAGAAAGUCAAAGAGGCUUUGCUGCAAUUUGAAGAUCUGAAAGUAAAAUAUGACCAAGAAUAUAACAUGAAAGAGAAAGAGGUUGCUCUGCUUCAAAGAAAAAUGAAGGAGAAGGAGAAUGAACUAGAAAAACUGCUUCUUGACCUCAAUGAAACCCAGAAGCACUGCAAACAACUUCAAGAGACAACAAAUGAACAAAAUGAACUUCUAAAAAGCUCAAAACAAGAACAAGAAUUCCUUCUUCAAAGGCUGAACACGGCAGAGCAGCACUGCAAAGAAACUGAGAAAAAACGUGAAGCUAUUGCUGCAACACUGGCCCAAAGCAGAGAAGAACUUGACUUGAGCUUGCAGGAGCUCACUGGGGUUAAAAAUCAGCAAGCAGACAAGCUGGAGGAGAUUCAGACGGUCAUGAAGGGACUCCAGGACUCACUAGCAUUAGAGAUUCAGAGGACCAAGGAACUCGAGGAUAAACUUAUGGCAAACAACAAAGAACUUGAAAGAAGAAACACACAUUUAGCAGAGCGAGUAGAGCAGUGUGCAGAGAAAGAUGGGCAGAUCAAAGUGCUGAAAGAUGAGCUGGAUAACCGAUCCAAAUGGGUUGAGUCCAUGAAGGGUGAGAUGCAAACCACUAAACUCAGAGUGGAGGAACUUGCAGCUGAGCUCUCUAGGAAAACUGAAGAAGUGCAACUAUUUCAGAGUGAAGCAGAGAUUGAGAAAAACGAACAGGAUCGACUGAAGAAGACUUGUGAAGCUGCUGUAAAUGCACAAGAGGAUUUAAAGAAGAAGGUCACAGUGACAGAGAUCAAAGUGCAAGACCUUGAGGAACAGUUGAAUACUGAAAUGGAGAAGAAUAAAGAACAAACACUUCAGAUGGAGCAACUGAGGAAAGACUUCAUGCAGCAAAAGUUAAAGUACACCACGUUGUCCUCUACAUUUGAUGAGCUGCAGCGUGAGAAGACAGCGUUUCAGCAGCAGUUUGACAGUGGAUCCUCUAAUGUGGAAGCUGUUGAGGCAAACAUGAAGGUGAGUGAGGAGAAGGUUGUGAUGCUCACCAAAGAAACUCAAAGACUCGAAGAAGAAAACCAACGUUUACGAGCGGAAGUGAACUCCCUCAAAACUAAAACUCAAGAGAUAUAUCAGGAAACAGAGACUUUGCAGAAGAAAUUUGAUGAAAAUUGUGAACAUCUGCAAGAGGAAAUGACAGAGAAAGACAAUCGGAUCAAAUCUGUGGAAACAAAGCUGUGUAAUCUCCGGAAGAAAUUUGAGACUAAACUUAAAGCCCAGGAGGGAUUCCAGAAAGAGAAUAAAAUGCUUCAGAAACAAUUAGUAAAGGAAAAUGCUAAAUCCAGUCAACUUCAAAUUAUGAUCACCGCUCUUCAGGAGGAAUCUGAAAACCUUAAACGACUGAACAACGACCAUCAGAUAUUGCGUAGAGAUCUUGAGUCUAAAUCGUCUUUUGUAGCAGAGCUUGAGAAUGAGCUUCAAAAGCUCAGAUUAGCUGCAGUGGAGGCCAUCAAGAUGAAGGAAGAUGCAGAAUUCAAGUGCCAACACAAGAUAGCAGAUAUGGUUGCACUGAUGGAUAAACACAAGAGCCAGUACGAUCGUAUGAUUGAAGAAAAGGAUGCAGAGCUUGAUGAGAAGAGGAGGAAAGUGAUGGAGGCGGCUGCCUCCAGGAAGUCUUUGGAGUUGGACCUCACAAAGCACAAGUCAGAUAAUGAUCAGAUGAAGCAACAGCUGGAGACAGAAAGAGCGAAGAAGCAAAAAGUGCAGACGGAGCUAAGUGACUUGAAGAAAGUCUUAUUGUCCACAAAGAUCCCUCAACCGGCCGAAGCAAAGAACGAGCAGUCACCUGCCUCAGAAGAAAAACUAAAGACAUGUUCAAAGACAGAAGACAGCGCUCUGAAAAGACACACGUUUAACUUCUCCAAGUCCAGGAGAACUCCCUCUGCACCGAAGAAGAAGGCUCAAUCUGACACCGAAUCCAUCAGAACAUCUUGUGGAGCAACCCCAAAGACCAAGGAAAUUCACGCAGAAGACCUGAAAACCCUUAAAAAUGUACCAAAAGGACUCGGCGGAACAUCAAAGAUCAAAUCGUACAGAAUAAUGACGCCUCCUUCAGCUGAAAAGGUAGCGCUUUGGGGGAGGAGCACCAUGGAGCUGGAUUUCAAGUCAGACAGCUCUGAUCAAACUGAUCUACUGACCUUUGCGAGUGCACAGGCCCCAAAUUUCUCUUCCAGUCAACAAUGCAAACGUAACAUCUUCGACAAGAUGAACGUUGUUUUUCAGAAUCAGAGCCCCGUCAGCCAUAAAUCACCAGGGAACUCGUUGAAGUUUGCUGCCAUGAAACGAAUGAGAGACGCUGGUUGGACGGCUGUGACCAGCAAGGACAAGAAGAAGAAAACCACCAGGGACAAUAUCUUUGCAUAAAAAGUGCUGUUACAGGUUCACAUUUUUUUACUUAGUUAUCUUUUCAAAUAGACACUAUUGAUGAUAGUAGAAUGCUAUUUUAUUUCUUAACAUGCAUGGAACAGUUAAAGUUAAUGUUAACAGUUAAACUGUAUUGUUGACCACAGAAAAAUUGAAGUGUUCGUAUUCAAACCACUUUAUAAUUUAUUUGCGUUAU